AUGUUUCUCAAGUACAUCGUCAUCCAUUUUUUCAUCGCCUUCUCAUUGACAAUAGCGGUGGUUGAAUCUAUACCCGUUGAUCAAUCUGGCGAAGGGAAACAACGUUAUGUCGUGGUCCUUAGGAGUACACCAAUCCCAGACUCGCCUUCCACAGCUGCUGAAUCUUUGCAGCCGCGGUCCCUGGAUGAUGUAUAUAAAGCUCAUAUAUCUUGGAUCUCCGAAAUACAUAGUCCGGUGGGCGUAUCAACCGAAUCUGUUGGUCUCAAUGCUUCCGCGCCUGAGGUGAUUGUGCGGGAGUACGCAAUUGGCGAUAACUACAGGGCUUACGCCGGAAUGUUUGAUUCAAAAUUCGUGGAAGGUGUGUUAUCAAAACGUUCCGAGGUUGAUCACGUGUCCUUGGAUUCUGAGGUUUCGGUCGCGACGAGCAAUGAUGAAUUUUAUGGUGCCCACGAGAAUUACUAUAAGAUCGAAAGGGUGUUCGACGGAAGUGAUGGUCCGAGUUAUGAUGAAGAGAGUGAAGAUGUUUGUGUUCUAAAGUUUGGGGCGAGAAUCCAGUAUGAGCCGCCAUGGAAUCUCGAUCGCAUCGACCAACGCAAUCUCCCUUUGGACGGAAAAUACAUGUCCUCGGUCUCCGGAGGUCGUAGGGUGAAUGUAUUUGUCAUAGACACCGGAAUAAAUAUAAACCACCCAGACUUCCAGGGGCGAGCAUCAUGGGGUGCGACCGUCAUUAAGGGUUCACCGGACAUUGACGAAUAUGGUCUCUCGCUGACCGGCAAAUAUUUCCCGGCCGCAAAUGCAGCCGUAAAGGCGUUAACUGAAAUUGGUGUUCACGUGACGGUGGCUGCGGGUAAUUAUUUUGGUGCUAAUUCGUGUUACUUCUCCCCGGCGUCAACACCCGAGGCCAUCACCGUAGGGGCUACCAACGUUGAUGAUGAUAUCGCAAAAUUUUCCAAUCGUGGCUUGUGUGUGGAUAUCUUUGCUCCAGGACAAAACGUGACGUCAACGUGGUUAAGGAAUGAAGUAAAAAUGAUGUCGGGUACGAGUAUGGCAUCACCCCACGUGGCCGGCGUGAUUGCAUUGAUCAUAAGUUCCAGGAGCAAUAUGAAUCCCGAGCAAAUGAAGGCGGCGAUUAAGGAUAUGUCCACCUUGGGUGCAUUAAAAAACUUAAACUAUGAAUCUCCUAAUUCCUUAUUACAUCUGGAUAAUUUGUGGUGA